UAGCUGCAUGGGUGUCACAGAGGCGGAUGCUGAUCGAGGCAUUAUGGCAGGGCAGCUCCACACUCCCACCAACUUCCUUCUCCUGUCUCUAGCUGUCUCUGACUUUCUGGUGGGCCUUCUGGGGAUCCCGCAAGGAAUCCUGCAACAAACAUCCUGUUGGCAUUUUGGUGACGUUUUUUGUUCUCUGUAUAAUUUACUGUCCUUCAUAGCAACUUCUGCCUCAGUAGGAAACAUGGUGCUGAUAUCAGCGGAUCGUUAUGUUGCUAUUUGUGAUCCUCUGCAUUAUAACACCAAAGUCAGUGUAAAAACAGUUCAACUUUGUGUUUGUCUCUGUUGGUUCUUUGCUCUCCUCUACAACAGCAUCAUUUUGAAAGAUCAGCUGGCUCAUCCUGGAAAGUAUCAGUCCUGCUAUGGAGAGUGCGCUGUUAUUUUUGACAACAAUGCAGGAAAUGUUGAUGUCGUUGUGACCUUUGUCCUUCCUUUCAGCAUCAUCGUCACUCUGUACAUGAGAGUGUUUGUGGUCGCUUUGUCUCAGGCCCGAGCCAUGCGCUCUCAUGUUACAUCAGUCAAAGUUCAGCAUUUUGUUCCAGUAAGAGCAAAGAAGUCAGAGUUGAAGGCAGCCAGGACUCUUGGUAUCCUUGUCCUUGUCUUCCUAAUGUGUCUCUGCCCAUUUUACAUUGUCCAUUUGGGAGCCGACAGAAAAUUUAUGCAUCAUUUUGCAAAAUAUGGUCCAUUACUCUUUCACUUCAACUCCUUUUUAAACCCUUUGAUAUAUGCCUUGUUUUAUUCUUGGUUUAGAAGAGCCAUAAGACUUAUUCUCACUCUGCACAUACUGCAGCCUGGCUCCAGGCAGAGCAACGUACUGUAA